CUAAUUAUUCAACUAUCAAUAUUAAAAUAAUUACGAUACCAACAAUUGAAUUUAAAAUAAAUCUAAUAAAUAUGUAAUUAAACCGAACUGUGCAAACCCAAUCAGACUGGUCCAACCAAACCCAAUCAGAACGGCCCGACCAGGCCAGGCGGACCGCGUCCGCUCAGGCCAGGCGGACUGCGUCAAGCAGAUGAAGAAAAAAAUUACCUGGAGACGGCGACGACGACUGGAACAGCGGCGAGAGCGAGCUUGGGAGGUCGGCGGCGGCAACAGCGAGCGAGACUGGAACAGCGGCGACGACGGGAGCUUGGGUCUGCGACGGGAGCGGCGGCCUCUGAACGGCGCCGGCGGCGGAGGUGUCUGGCUGGCGGGGGCUUCUGGGCAGCAGGAGGUGAGGGUUGGGAUGUGAAGGGUUGGAGGUGAAGGGUUGGGUUGGGAUAAGUUUAGGGUUUUAAAAUGAGGCAAGGGCAAAAUCGUCAUAUUUUUGUAACUACGGGCGGCAAAUAGUAAAACUACGGGCGACAAAUAGCCAUUCAUUUCAAUUUGUGGGUUAGUGGGAUGGAAAUGGGAGUUUUACUUUUUGUGGUUAAUACGGUUAAUUGAAAAAUUCAUUAUAAUCACAUGUUCAUAUGAAGCUAACAAUUGUUGUACCUUACGUUCAUCAUAGUUAGUUAUAAUAAUAUUUCAUAAUAUAUUCUGUGUGAAAUUAAUUUGCAUUUUAUAAUGUAGAAAUGUUCUAUCUCUUUCUUCUCUCCAACAAAAUUCAGAUACCAAAUUUGAAAACGAAAAAUCCUCACACUAAGAUAUAAAAAAUCUCAUUUGCAUGAACAACACAACAGUACAUCAUUACAUUCUAGUGGACAAUAGCGGAUUUGUUGGUGUCGGCCACACCUCCAAUUUUGAAAGAUCAAUUUUUGCGGAUAACCACAACCAAAUUGCACUAAACCGUAGUGACUAGUGGUUAACUACAAAUCAUUGAGAUGCAGUCGGUGGUUAGCAUAAUGAAGAUUUUGUUGUUGCGGUUAACCACAAGAUGUUAAAACUUUGAUGAUUCACAAACUUUUCAUUCUUUCUCCUUCUAUUCUAUACCAUUAUUAUUAUUAUUUAAGAUUUGCCCGUCUCCGCAUCAUGACGAGUUGAUUAUACUAUUGAAUAUGUUGUAUGGAAAAAGAUAGCAAAAUGUAACUCACAAGCCAUAACUGCAAAAGUAAACGACACCACACAGAUUUUAUGACGGAGUUCCACAUUAAUUUGCACUCAGUGGUCAUUGAGACUAAGAAUCAGAGCAUGAUAAUCUACAUAGUAUUUAGUAAGAAUAUGUUGAAACUAUUGAGUCAAACUCUCAUUAAAACAAUAGGCUUAUAAACGAAGUAAAUCAGACUCACUAGCCAAUGAAGAAAUCUACUCACCUAAACAAUGACAUGCUAAAUCUAAAGCGUUAACGAUGUCAAAUGAUUUCAGGAUUGAUAGAAAGAAAUCUAAUCAUCUAUUAUGGGUUGUCGAUUUUAUUCCAAAAACAAAAAAUUAUUGGAUGUCUCAAGCUGUAACAUUGUCACAGUCUCGCCAUAUUGAGAAAAUAGUUGAUAAAUUCAAGUAUUUGAAUUUCAAAGAAGCAAAGAUAUUGAUCGACUUUAACCUUGCUCUGGCAAAGAACUAGGGCGAAAUAAGUAUCAAGCAAAUUAAGCACAAGUGUUGGGAUGUUUAAUAUACAUCAUCAAUGGUACUUGACCACAUAUUGUGUGUGCAAUUAGUAAACGAGUCGAUCCAAGCAUAAUAUGAAUAACACACAUUGGAUGGCCAUGUUUUGGAUUUUUUUUUUACAUAUUAAAUAUUUUCUUUGCAUUACAAAACUUAUUUAGCCAUAUCCCUCAAGGAUAUAGGAUAUGUGUUCAAGAUUGGUGGAGGUCAAUGUCUUGGAAAUUUUAAAAAAAUUGGCAUCACACAAUCUACUAUGGAAUAUGAGUGGAUAGUGAUGCGGGCAUAAUUACACAUGUUUUAUCCCUCAUUUCUAGAUUGUUUGACUUGGUAAAUCACCGUCCCUCGACCUAUUUUACGGUAGGUUGUGCUUCUUUUGUUAUAUUUCAAGUCCUAUUACAUUGGGAAGAUCGAGAAUGAGUUUCGGGACGAUUGGAGUUCGAAAAAUGCCAAAAAGUGAAGAAAAUGACAAUGUCACAGUUUGGGGGUAAUUCUCAUGGCCCCAAGGCCAUGACAAUUGAGCCUAGAGCGUGACAAUGGCAAAUUACCCCAAAAAUCAUACAUUGUUAUAACAAGUGGCAAUUGGAAUGGCUAUUAGUGUUUGGUAUAAAGAGAAGCCAUGUCAUGUAAAUGCGGAAUAUAACAAAGUUAUACAAUUAAUAUCUGGUGGAGUUAUCAAGGUCAAUCAUGUACGAUCAAGAGAUAUGCAUCGCCUGGUCUACAAUGGAAUCCGAGUUCAUAACUUUGGACUUAGUUAAUGAAAAAGCCAAGUGGCUUCGAGAUUUAUUGCAAGACAUUCCAAUAUGGCCCAAACCACUAACUCCAAUAAGAAUACAUUGUAACAGACUGACAGUAGAGCAACUACUGCCUACUAGAAUGACUUAAAGUGCUAUGUAAAAAGGGAAGUAAUGUCAAAUACAUCAGUGACAUGGCAUAUUUAGAUAACUAAUCUCUAGGAGUUAUCUUGAUCGAUUAUGUACGAUCAUGAUAAUACGAUGUCAUAUCCAUUAAUAAAAGGCGUAAAUAGAGAGUUAAUUGAAAAGUAUUCUAGAGUAAUGGGUUGUGGCCUAUAACAAUUUAUCAUGGCGGUAAGUCUACCGAGUAGAUUAGCGACUGCAAGCUCUAGCUUCAAGGAGAAAAUAAAGUUAUGUAUGUUGGUCGAGCAUAUACAAUCAACAUUCUUCAAUCCGUUCUAAAGACGUGACAUUGUUUAUAAAUGAGGAUAAACUGAUAAAGCUAACAAAUUUUA